UCUAUGUUCCACUAUGAGGUGCUUCCAUUGGUGACGUGUGGCUCACGAUCUAGCUUUGUGUAUCCAUAAAUGGUCAUCUACGUCACAGAUUUGUUCCGUCCCCCUAUUUAAUACAAGUGAGCGUUGGAGUUCCCUGUCUAAGCAAUACCCUCAGCAGUCAGCGCUCCACUUGUGCAAUCACCAUCGUUUCAUUGAUCCAGAGACUCUAAAUAUCCCCACCAAACUAGAAAAACUCUUAUUUAAUGUAUAUUAUCCACGACUGAACUUACAUGUCUCAGUUUCAACGAAGAGGUUUCAAGUGCUGAUUUGGGUCCGGGAGUUGGAUACAGCAUUACCAGGGAUUUGUUCUCGCACUACCAUCGUCAUUGAUCACCAUCCAUCGCGCUGUCAGAGAGAAGACUGCGGGUGUAUCUCAACGGAUACCUUCACGCUGUCAUUAAUGACAAACUGAGUAACUGCUAUGACAGGUAAACUAGCGGAGAAGCUCCCUCUUACCAUGAGCAGUUUAAUCAAUACAAUUCCUGACAGUCUUUACCCAGAAGAGGACAUUCCGACUUCUAUGAACAUUUUCACCAACACGGAUUCUAUUUCCCACUACUCGCAGAUGAACACAGAUAAUAUAAUGGAUUUGGGAAUGGGGAGCGAGAAAGGAUCGUCCGAGAUUCAGUAUGGGUCCAGUUUCCAGUCCAACCGCAGUGGCCAGACUGUCACCUACUUAGGGAAGUUCGCAUUCGACGCCCCCCCAUCGGGAGGGAUCGGAGGGUCUGGGUGGUGCUCAGACAAUAACAUCAUCAGCCUGGUGAGCGCUGGGAUCCUGGGUGUGUCUCCAUCUCCCGGCAAUAUCACCACACAGACCUCCUCAUCAGGAGGCAGCAUGGGUGGGCAGUCCUCAGAGAUGGAGCAGGUAUACGGUCCCCCACUGCCUGCAUACUCUACCUGCAGCGAGAUGUACCAGGACCAGGUGUCCUUCCACCACAGCCCGGCGACCAGCACCCCCCUGGCAUACCCGGGCAAUGACUAUCACUCCACUUCCAAAGCCCCAAUCGACGGCAGUCUGUUCUCCAUGAUCCCAGACUAUAACCUUUUCCACCAUCAGGGGGAGGUUGGCGUGAUGGAACACAAACCCUUCCAGACCAUGGACCCCAUCAGGGUGAACCCGCCGCCCAUCACGCCCCUGGAGACGAUCCGGGCCUUCAAGGACAAGCAGCAGAUUCACCCGGGCUUCAUUGGCGGGCAGCAGCACGCGCCGCAACACCACCAACCCCCCCAGACUUUAACCCUCAAGCCCAUCCGGCCGCGGAAGUACCCAAACCGUCCGAGCAAGACGCCCGUGCACGAGCGCCCGCACGCCUGCCCGGCGGAGAACUGUGACCGCCGCUUCUCCCGCUCAGACGAACUGACGCGCCACCUGCGCAUCCACACGGGGCACAAGCCCUUCCAGUGUCGCAUCUGCAUGCGCUCCUUCAGCCGCAGCGACCACCUGACCACGCACAUCCGCACGCACACAGGCGAGAAGCCCUUCUCCUGCGAGUUCUGCGGACGCAAGUUCGCCCGCAGCGACGAACGCAAGCGGCACGCCAAGGUGCACCUCAAACAGAAGGACAAGAAGCCCUCCGACAAAGGCAGCGGCGCAGGCGCGUCAACCAGCCACAGCUCUCCACCCAGCUCCUGUGGCAGUGGCGGGACAAGCAGUGGCAGCAUCAUGACUGUCACUACCUGUGCAUAGGGCUGGAGGAUGUCUCAGCAUCUCACACAAAUAGACUGGCAAUUUACUACUGGGGCUUCUCUGUUUCCUUUGAAAAAAAAAACAAAGACAAGAAGAAAAGACUUUGAAAGACUUUUUCUCUAUUCCUUCGCCAUACUCCUUGUCCAUUUUUUUUCUUUACAGAUAAUAUUCUUGCCUUCAUUUUAAGGUGAUUUUAAGAGGAUCUGCUCUUCCUUUUGAGCUCAUGGGGUUGGGUACUGGAGGCAUUUCAAGAGAGCACUAACAGAUUUGUGGAUAUCAGUCCCAGCGUGAAUGAGUAAACUGCGCUCUGCCUUUUGUACUUUGAAAUGUAUCUGCCUGCAGUCUUCAACAGAGUAGUGUACAAGAAAAUAUCAUUUCAGUCAGGGCUGUAAGUGGCCAUCAAGUAGUAAUGGUAGAGACAUUGUGAAAUGUAUCAGAUGUAUUUUUUUAUGGGACUGUCUAUUUAAAAGUGCAAUCGUUUUUGUUUGCUUCUUUUGUUGACUGUAAGCAGCACUUUGGUUGUUGUCUAUUGUUUAAGUAAUGUUUAUUUUUAUUAUCAUUCCAUCUGGGUUUUUUUUCUCCUAUGGAGUGUGCCAAAUGUCCUGAAAUUCUACAGCCAACUUAGUUAUAAUAGGCCCUUGAGAUUAAGUCCUAAUUCCAGAGGUUUGGGCUACUGUUAUUUUCUGGAUGUUUAUUCAAAAUAUUCCAGUAGAAAGAAAGCUUUGGUGUUCAGAGAUGGUACUUAAACAGUUAUGCCAGAGUGGUCAUACCCAUUGGCUUUGGGCUGGCACCAGGCAGUCCCAUUACUUUUUGAUGGAACAGAAAAAUAGACUCAAUGUAGUGUAUUUAGUGAUUCAUGGCAUGUGCCAACCGAAAUACAAAUGAUCAGCAAAGUGACCAUGCAGGUCUGAAUUGGUUCUCAUGCCCUCAAGUUUAAAGAAUCAUUACUACAUUACUUCUGAACCAUAUACGAGAUACAGCCUUUGACAAAAAAAAGUGCAAUAUCAAUGAAAACAGGCCUUAAGCAUUUACCAUCUGAGCCAAUAGGAGUUCUAGUUCUAGAAGUAAUGUCAAUGAAACAUUCCCAUGGCACUCUGGCAUCCCCCUAAAAUCUCCAAUAUUCUAAAGGCCUUUCUCAUUUUUGCUUCUUUUUGCCUGCAUGUAUCUAGUAUUAGUAAUACUGCAUGCACUGAUGUUAAGGGGCUGCAAUAGCAACAGUACAUCAACAAGGACAUACUGUAGUGUCCAGAGUUGAACACCGGGCACAGACAUAAAUAAUGCCAUAUGAGAUAUCUUUUGAGUGAAUUAUGUGUUGAGUUGUAUUUUUUUGUUGCCAUUGUGGCUAUUUUCCUGAAAAUUGGUGUACGUAACUUUUUACAACUUCCAAGAGUUCCUUACUGGAUACAAAUAUGCACACUGUAUCCCCAGUGCACAUACAAUAAACAUAGAGCUGAUUUCAAAAUGAAAUACUGUUAAGAAAUAGAUGUAAACAUCUUUCUGUAUAGGACUUCCUGCUGCAAGGACUUUGCAGUCCAGUAGUAUUGGAUUUAAGAGCCAUGGCAUUUGCUUUUCCAUUUUGAUGUAUUUUUGUCAGCUAAGGCCUGAUAAGUACCCCAGUGCCAUCCCAGAUCAUUUAGCUCAAUCCGGUUCUGAUGUAGGACCCAGCUCCAACUUAAUGUAUUUGAUAACGCCACGGUUACUACAAAUUCUGAAAACAUUUAGAGCUACCCUGGAAAUAAAAAAUGUGGGACAGAAUUUUUGUACAGUUAAAUAUACACAAUAUUACACAUUUUUUACUUGGAAUGUAAAAGACAGCGUGCUCCAGUAUUACAUUGUGUUUGUGUGCUUGUGUGCAUAUGAAUACAGUUGUAUUCCUACACACACAUUCUUACAUUGACUGAAUGUUUAAGGAGAGGGUAUCAAUUUCUUAUUGGAGAAAAGUUGUCAUGUACAUAGUUUGUAUUGUUACUUGUGAGUUUGUUUGCUGGAGAGUGGAGCAUUGGGGCAGUUUAAAACUUUAAACAUCCUCCAUUUUCAAAAUAGGUAAUAUAAUUUGGUAUGUGCUAAACUUUUUCAAAAUGACUUGGAAACACACCAAAUGAUGUGCUAAUAUUAAAUAAAGGGAAAAGUAAUUUAAGAAAUGUCUUGUGUAUCUUGCUUAAAAGAGUCAUUACAUGUCGCAAGUACAACCAACCUAGGUUUUGAACAUUAUGUUGGCAUGGCAUGGCACUUAUUUAAGCAUUGCCCGGAAAAACUACCACCCCAGCCUAUUCAAUGACAUCCAACCCAUCCAAAACAUUAAUGAAAUUAAGCCAAAGUUCAGCCCAUUUCAAGGUGUCACACUUUAAGUUGUACCUCAUACAGGAUAAAAACGAUAGGCCUGCCAAAGUUGAAAACUGAGUAACUCCCACCGACUUAAACUUUGAAAUGCAACCAAUAGUUUCAAUGACUACAAAGUCUAGCUGCCCUCAAUGCUCCAGUCUGGCUUAUUACAGUUUAUCGCAUUAUGACUUGUCUGGGUGGGUGAGCUGACAUCCCACCACGAUAUCCAUGGGAGUAAGAGACGGCAACAACACAUUGUUCCGUCAUUUUGUCAAGUCUUAGAAUCAUUGGCUGCCUCCGACUUCAAUCUUACAACAAAAAAAAACGUUAGAUUUCUUGUAAUUCUCUGGCGGUAGCCAGACGUUACAGAAAACGUGCUGAAAAUAAUCGACUGAUCAUUGUCCUGCAAGAACCUGUUUCCACUUUCUGGAAGUUUUCCACCUCAGUUCCAAUUAGCCCAAUGGCUCAUUCGGAUCUUAUGUCAGUCGAAUACAUGAUUAAAUUCCUUUGCACUGUCAGAAUGUUUUUAACCGCGUGAAAUUCAAACUUGCCACGUACAGGCCUGUUGUGAAGUCGUAGCACGUUAUGUUGAAAUGGUAGUUAAUGAUUACCUAUAUAAAGCCAUUCUAAAUAAAUAAUAAUGGCAGGUAGUCUAAUGGGAGCAAAAACACGGUUUAGGCUAAAUAAUUGAAAUGUGUCGAAUAUAACUAUUUGUCAGAGGUUUAGCCGAUCCAGAAUGUUUGGUAUUAUGGAGUGGCUGGUGCAUUUUUCUGGAAAAGAAAGAUGAAAUUAUUCCCCACACAUAUGAUAUUGGAAUUUGCCUGAAGCCAAACAGAGAUGUUAAAUCUUGGCAGCUGUGAUUCUGUAUGCAGAGGAAUGGUCUUUAAUGUCAAAACUGUGUAUAUUAGCAAGCAUAUCUCUAUAAUCAUUUCACUCUAAUUAAAGGAAUGCCAGGCAAAAGGAACGACUUGCUCAGUUCUCAGGUGAAAAGGGCAAAUACAAUCUAUAUCAGUAAACAUCAAAUGCCUCCAUGGAUUUAGUUUGAGCUAUAAUAGUUCUUGGUUAGAGGGUGUCAUUUUAGCGUAUUCGGGUUUGUAGUGAUGUCUUCAUUUCUGAAGCAGCAUAUGUGGUAUGGGAAAUAGCAACAGCAACAGAUAUGAACAAAAACAGCUUCUGGCUUAAUUUUGCUUAUUUAUUUAUUUAUUUUGCUCUCUGGUUCUGCCAGGAAGGAUCAGAAAGAAAGGCCAACUGUAAAAAUAGCCAAGGCAGCGCUCACAGAUCAUAUAGCUGGCCCUGUGGAUUUGCUGCUGGCUUGUGUGAAUUCAAAUUUUGAUUUAUGGGAUAGAAACCUGGUUUUUAGGAGAGCUGCAUUUAGAAAACCUUGUGAAAAGGUGGAGGAUAUUCUUUGAAAAGAAUGCAGUUGCAUAGAAAGUGGUCUUCAAAAAGAACUCCCUUUGGCACCUCUAAACACAUGCCAUGUCAUUACGAUAUGAUCUGGAGACAGAAUGCGUUGGAAUGCAUUGUGCAAAAUUGACGUAGGCUCCAUUCCUUCGAAAAUUUAUGAUUUGCUAAAAAAAAAUCACUUUCUGCAUUUUUCUUUCUUUUUUAAAUUCCAAAAUACUAGUUUAUUCCUCAAUACAAUCACAUUUCACAUAAAAGAAAUGUGGCCAUGUAAUCAGGUUGUAGGGAAUAGAAUAUGACCACAAUAAUAAAAAUCUAUCUUUUAGAUCUAGCUUGCCAUACAUCUCCAAUAUGGAGCCAUGAAUCUGUUUGGGAUCCGUUCAGCCUACUUCAUAGAAUCAAUGGUGUGUUUUUGUACAACUGUAACCUGCAAGCAGGGACAAGAAUAUCAAACAAUAAAACUGCAAAAAGCAAUUAAUCCCUAAACCCCAUCCCAUGCAAGAAAGAAGUAAUAUCACUUUCAGAGACAGUCAUUAUCUGAUAAAUCUGCGUGUGUUUGUGUGUGUGUGUGUGUGUGUGUGUGUGUGUGUGUGUGUGUGUGUGCGUGUGUGCGUGCGUGUGUGUGUGUAUGUAUGUAUGUGACAGAGAGUGCAUGCACAGGCAAUAUGUAAGAGUGUCUGGUAGUGUACGUGUUUCAGUUUGGGUGGCACUGGUGCCAGAACUCCCCACUCAACUGCCCUCAAGUCUCUUGUGUCAACCUGAUUGUUCACUAUUGGGAAUCGGCCAGCCGCCAAACUUCACAGCCUCGUUUUUGCCAAAUUGGGUCGCAAGCUUGAAUGAUUAAGGACAAUAUUCAAUGACGGUUUCACGGAGGCAACAGAAUGUAAAUGUGACCUCAGUCAGCGUUACAGUUCAAGCCUGGCCUGUUCUGGAGCCUGUGUUUAUUUGUUUAAUUUACUCCCUGCAAAGACGCUUUUGUACCAGGUCAUUAAAGGCCUAGAGUAAACACACUGCACCAAACCUUAGCAUCUAUUGUGUGCACCCAUUCUGGUGUAUGGAUGACAGCUGAACCUAGCUGUAUGAACUAUAAAUGUGGUAAUCAAGAAAGAUCAAAUUAAUGAUCUGACCACUCCGUACCCAAUUUUUUGAGGUGUUGGUAUCAGAUAAUCAAAAAUAAAUGUUAUUCAUCACAAAAUGGCUUUUUUUAUGUGCUUUGCAAUUUUAUCCAUGAAGUAUAUUAUAGUUUCUUCCAUGUUUUCUUGUUUGCAUGUCACUGCACGGAAAAUGCUUUGUAAAUUUCUUUAGCAUCAAUCAGAGAAAGAUUUCUGGUUGUGUUCAGUUAAUUAUGCAUGGAAAAUAUCAGUAAUAAUAACAAUUAUACACAUUAUUUUUUUAAGAAGAACAGACAAACUGUUGAGAGAAACUUUCUUGAAUUUAUAAAAAAAAAAAAUCCAUGUUUGAGCCAAAAUUAGGCUUGUAUGUUGAAAACACUUGUUACACUUUUGUGGAAGUUUUUAUUUCAUGUUUUUCUACUGCCUUAUAAUAAGGUUUUAAAUCUAUGGAUAUCGUAAUUAAAAUAUUACUAUCUUUUGUGGAAGGGAAAUUCCAUUUCCUUCAUUGUUCACUUGGUUUUUAAGUUUGUUGUAAUGCAACUGUUUUGUUUUAUGCUGUGAAGCACUUGAAUAAAGGAAAUCCAAUGUUGUGA